GCCUUUCAUUUUUUUUAUUUAUUUAUUUACUUUUUUUUCUCUUUCUCUCUUUCUCUCUUUUUAUAUCUAUCUUUUUCUCUUUUCAAAGACGUCAAACUCGUUCAAAUAGACAAUGAUGAAGGGAUGGAAAGAAGCUCUUACAAGAAAAAGUACGGCCGAUACUGUUGAAAAUAACAGCGUACCACCAGACUCACCUAAACCGAAUAUUGUUGUUGAUUCAUCAAGCCUAGUUGAUAUGUCACAACAGAUAAAGAAUAAUUCUCGUGUUAUUAAUAAUAAUAACACUAAUUUUAUGCAUAACUCUCCUCAUGUCAAACCUGGUGAUAGAGAUGUACCAAAGACGGGUCCGUUACAUCAUCGUUUAAAAAACGCUCCAAUGGAUCAAAUUCCUAUCAGCAAAGCACCUCGUAGACAAAAAUCUUCUCGAUUUUAUGUUACUGAAAAAGUAGUCUUGGAACCAACACCUGCCUUUCAUGAGGUGCCAAGUCAUAUGCGUCCAGAUUUGUUCAUUCAAAAGAUCAAGCAAUGUACCGUCGUGUUUGAUUUCAGUGAUGCAUCUGCUGAACUUCGAGAGAAAGAAAUCAAACGUCAAACUUUACAGGAAAUUUUGGAGCAUAUUUCAAUGAAUAGAGGGGUUUUAACUGAAAAUGUCUAUCCAGAAAUUGUCAAUAUGUUUGCCAUCAAUCUUUUCCGUCCUAUCCCACCCCAAGUCAACCCAACAGGCGACGCAUUUGAUCCAGAAGAAGAUGAGCCAGUUUUGGAAUUAGCUUGGCCUCAUUUACAAAUCGUAUACGAAUUUUUCUUGAGAUUUUUGGAAUCCCACGAAUUCAAUAUCAAUUUUGCAAAGAAACACAUUGACCAUAAAUUUAUUCAUCAGUUGUUAGACCUUUUCGAUUGUGAGGACCCAAGAGAACGUGAUUUUUUGAAAACAACCUUGCACCGAAUAUAUGGAAAAUUCUUGAAUCUGCGUGCAUUCAUUCGUAGAUCCAUCAACAACAUCUUCUUCCAAUUCAUCUAUGAAACUGAAAGACAUAACGGUGUUGCUGAAUUCUUAGAAAUCUUGGGUAGUAUCAUCAACGGGUUUGCGUUACCACUCAAGGAGGAGCAUAAAUUGUUCUUGUCCCGUGUACUCGUACCUUUACACAAAGUAAAAUCGCUUGUAUUAUAUCAUCCUCAAUUGGCAUACUGUGUAGUUCAGUUCUUAGAAAAGGAUCAAAAUCUCACCUACGAUGUUAUUACUGGACUUUUACGUUAUUGGCCCAAAGUAAACAGUACAAAGGAGGUCAUGUUUUUGAAUGAAAUCGAAGAGAUUUUGGAUGUCGUGGAAGUGCACGAGUUUCAAAAGAUUAUGUGUCCCUUAUUCACAAAGUUAAGCCAAUGUGUCGCAAGUCCUCAUUUUCAAGUGUCCGAAAGAGCAUUGUACUACUGGAACAAUGAAUAUGUCGUCAGUAUGAUGGCUGAAAAUAUCAAGGUGAUUAUGCCUCUCAUAUUCCCUACCUUAUACAAGACAUCAAAGACACAUUGGAACAAAACUAUUUUGAGCUUGGUCUAUACAGCAUUAAAACUUUGUAUUGAUAUUGAUCCAACAUUAUUUGAUGAAUGCGCCAAUGAAUACAAGAACCAAAGACAAUCUGAACGCAAGCAUCAAAAGGAAAGGGAAGAUAAUUGGAAAUACUUACAGCAAAAAGUAGAAAGGUUGACCAUGAAGGAGACUGUUGAGAUAGAGCAUAACGACAUUCCAACACACGUAUUACAAGAUGAUUUAUUAGAGGAUGUUGAUAUUUUGGAAACAGAAUCUCCUCCUUCUGAACAGACAACCACAGAGCAAAAGGAUGAUAUUCAUCCCGUGAUGCAACAGUUUGAUACUCAACCUACGCAAUAUCAAUUCUUCAGACGUAAAUCGAUUAUACCAGUGGACGAGACUGUAUUUCAAGAGUUAUCCCGUCAUGUCAGUCUUGAUGAAGUGCUUAAUGGCGCACCUGGUGGUUCUAUUCAUAAUACUAAUAUAUAAAUUCCCUUCUUUUUUAUUAUUCAUUAAAAUAAAAUAUAAAACAAAAAACAAA